AUCCGAACUCGGCUACAAAUGGGCUAGUACCAACCCAGCCCAGCCCACUGAGCUCAAAACCAACGAAUAGAAUGAUGGAUCGUGGGCUUUUCUCUAGCGGUCGGGUACCCGAGUGUCCUAAUCCGUUUCGUCAGAAGGUACAGUCCGGAUUCACCGCCUCUGGACUCCCGGAGUCGGAGAGACUACAAACUGAAGAAAUAGCAAGUGAGAAGAUAGACAGAGCUCGAAGAUGGACGAGGAGCAAGGCAGUAGCGGCGGUCACUUGGAAACCGGAAGAGCAGACAGAUCGGUGUGGCUAAUGAAGUGCCCGCUGGUGGUGGCGAGGUCGUUUGAGAAUCAUGCUUCUUCGUCGGAUUCUCAUCCUGUCGCCAAGGUCGUUCUCUCUCUCGAUCCUCUCCGACCUGACGAUCCUUCUUCUCUUCAGUUUACAAUGGAGAUGGCUGCUACUGAAACGUCGCAUGUUCCAAAAAGUUACUCUCUAAACAUGUUUAAAGACUUUGUUCCUAUAUGUGUCUUCUCUGAAACAAAUCAAGGUAGGGUUGCUAUGGAAGGGAAGGUUGAGCAUAAAUUUGACAUGAAACCUCAUCAGGAAAACAUUGAGGAGUAUGGGAGGUUGUGCCGUGAAAGAACAAAUAAGUCCAUGAUCAAGAAUAGACAAAUACAGGUGAUAGAUAAUGAUCGUGGAGGGCAUAUGAGGCCCAUGCCUGGAAUGGUUGGCUUGAUUUCAUCCAACUCCAAGGACAAGAAGAAAACAGCACCAGUUAAACAGUCAGAUGUGAAGAGAACCAGAAGGGAUCGUGGGGAAUUGGAGGAUAUAAUGUUCAAGCUGUUUGAAAGACAACCAAAUUGGGCUUUGAAGCAACUUGUGCAGGAGACAGAUCAACCUGCUCAAUUCUUGAAAGAGAUACUGAAUGAGCUUUGCGUGUACAAUAAGAGAGGAACCAACCAAGGAACUUACGAGCUCAAGCCAGAAUAUAAGAAAGCUGUUGAGGAUACAGGUGCUGAUCAAUAGGUCAAUUAUGUACAAUACUUUUUUUCUGUAACCAAAAGAAAGUAAGCAGGAUAAGAACCCUUAUGAAGGGUAUAGCAAGAAACAUCAGCAAAACAAUCAGUGAGCUGUGCAAUGGGAAAAUUGAUUGAUAAGGUGAUUGAGCUGGUUCUUUGAACUCCAUACUAAUGUAUUCCUAAACAGGAUUUUCUCGAAACCUGAGUACAAAGGUAAGGAGACGAAAUUAACAUGUACUCUGCAGAUGUUUAUCAAUAAAAUGAUGAUUGUAUC